CAAAAUACCAAGGCAGUUGCUACAACUACCUUAACUUCUCCUCUGUCUCUUUCCCUCAUUUCACUUUGCAUUUAUUCAUAUUUGUUUUUGCUAAAUGUUGUUGCUAGAUAAGUUCUAUAAUUGUCUCUUCUCCUAAAUAUUCCACUUGCCAAUUGCAUUAUUUCUAAAAUACAUAAACAUUAAGUAACUAAAAAACUGAAAAUGAAUUCUGACAUGAUCAACCAUAAUGGUUACAAUGGCUACCACAACCUCACACAAGCAACAUCUCUAGACAAAGAUGAACAAUUAGCCGGUUUCGCAGUGACUUUAGCAAAUGCUGCUGCUUUACCAAUGAUCCUCAAAUCUGCCUUUGAGCUUAAAAUUCUUGACAUAAUUUUAGAUGCAGGAGAAGGCGCGUGGAUCUCAACUCGCGAAAUCGCGAAGGAAAUUGGGGCUAAGAACCCUAAUGCCCCGAUCUUGUUGGACCGGAUGCUCAGGCUCCUAGCAAGCCACUCAGUCUUAACUUGCAAGCUUCAAAAGGGUGAAAAUGGUGUAUUUCAAAGGGUUUAUGGACCAGCACCCCUUUGUAAGUACCUUGCUAGUAAUGAUGGUGAAGGCUCUCUUGGCCCAUUGCUUGUUUUACACCAUGACAAGGUCAUGAUGGAAAGUUGGUUUCACUUGAAUGAUUACAUAAAAGAAGGUGGUGUUCCAUUUAAAAGGGCUCAUGGGUUGAUCCAAUUUGACUACACUGGAACAGAUGCAAGGUUCAACCAUGUCUUCAACCAAGGAAUGGCACAUCACACCAUCUUAGUCAUGAAAAAACUCCUUCAAAAGUACAAGGGCUUUGAUGAUGUUAAGGUUUUGGUUGAUGUGGGUGGUAAUAUUGGGGUUAAUGUCAGUAUAAUUGUUGCUAAGCACCCUCACAUUAAGGGCCUUAACUAUGAUUUGCCUCAUGUUAUUGCUGAUGCUCCUUCAUAUCCUGGUGUGGAGCAUGUUGGUGGUGACAUGUUUGAGAGUGUUCCACAUGCGGACGCUAUCUUCAUGAAGUGGGUGUUACACGAUUGGAGCGACGAGCAUUGCUUAAAAAUACUCAAGAAUUGUUACCAAGCUCUACCAAAGGGAGGGAAAAUCAUCCUUGUGGAAUCACUAAUACCAGUAAUUCCAGAAGACAAUCUAGAAUCACACAUGGUAUUUAGCUUGGAUUCACACACUUUGGUGCAUAACCAAGGUGGUAAAGAAAGAUCCAAAGAAGAUUUUGAGUCUUUGUUUACUCAAACUGGCUUUUCUGAGAUUAAUGUCAUUUGCUGUGCUUACGACACUUGGGUUAUGGAGAUCUUCAAGAAUUAAUCUUCAAUUAAUUACCAAUCUUAAUUCCUGUAUUAGCUAGCAAAUAUAUAGUAAUUGAAGUUUGUUGGUUGAUAUUUUGAGUUUGUAUUAUGUUUCUUUUGCUAGCUAGCUUCACUUAGCUAGCUAAGUCAGUGGAUUGCCAAUUCGUCCAGGAUGAUAAUAGCUACAAUUUUUUGUGGCUAGAAUUACCAAGUGAUGUAUAAUGUUUGUGGUUUGUAUAAAUAAGGCAUCCAAUUGUAUUUCUUCAA